AACCUGAUGUAAUAUAUCAAAUGAUUCCCCCUGCAUGCCCCUUCCACAUCUCAAUAAGCUUCGUGACUUCCAGCAACUAAAGGGAAUAUGAAGGUGUAGACAGGAUACGGGAACAAAGCAUUUAAAGGACAGAAACACUGAGUCUCUACUGCACAGGGGAACAAAAAACACUGCCAAAGCGUGGUCAUCUCCUGCCCUGCCUCUCAGUCUCUGCAUGUACUCAGCACAUCUCUGAGCCUGGUGAUGACUGAGGAGCCGGGCUCACUGGACAUCAGCUGAGCUGCUGGCAGUGUCUGUGGAUAUUUACAAGCCAUGAGUGAAGGUCUCCCGUGAACCCAGCGCACGCUGUGUCUGUAGCACGGCUCAAUGGGGCUCCCAUGCUGUUAAUCUUCGCCCCUUCAGAAUUUUACGACGAGAAGCCAAUUCUAAUGGCUGUACAGCACAGGGUCCCAGACGUGGGCGCGCAGACACGACAAAGCUGAGGCGCAAAACAUGCGGCACCGUCUCAGAGGGAAUUAAAAAAACCAAACCAGCUCCGCCAGUAGAAGUAAAUGAAGCAGCCUGAAUGAGCGCAGAGCCGGGCUGCGGCGUAGUGACCCGAGCAGGCUCCCUCUAAAUUCUCGAGCGUCACAUCUCAGACGCAGACGGGCAGCACCCGCCGUGUGAAUCACAUGGGCACGGGGCUGGGGCAGCACGACACACGGCGGAGCGCAGGGAGCCAGCACCUCGCGGCCGGACCCGGCUGCACGGCACCGGCGGAACCGCUGAACCGCGAGCCCCACGCCAGACGGGACGGAACCGACGGGACCGGCCGCCCGCAGCCCCGGCCAUGUUCCGCCCGGCCGCCCGCCGCCACACGGCGCUUCGCAGCAACUUUGAAUCUCCACUGAUGCAAGAAGUCGCAGAGCACCAAGGCAACAGCACAGAUAGUUCAGGAAGCAGUUUGGGAAGCACUGUCACAGCAUGUAAAAAGAUCCUCUGCAGUAAUAGCCUGCUAGAAUCAACAGACUACUGGCUGCAGAAUCAGAGGACACCAUGCCAAAUUGGCUUUCUGGAAGACAAGUCAGAAAGCAACUGUGCCUCAGUUUGUUUUGUGAAUUUAGAUGCAAACAGAGAUGAUUGCAGCAAUGAACAAGUGAAACAGAAAUUGAUCAGCGUCUCUCCAAAUCUCCCUAAACUCAUCAGUUCUAUGAAUGUACAACCCCCAAAGGAAAAUGAAAUAGUCCUACUGAGUGGAUUAACAUCAGGAAAUCUUCAGGCUGAUUAUGAAGUUCCCCAGUGUCCUUGGCAGGCAGAUGUCUGCUUGGUUCAGUGUGCGAGGGGAGACAGGAAGAACAGUGCAAGCUGCAUCAUCUUUGAAAUAAACAAGUUUCUGAUUGGGCUUGAGCUCGUUCAGGAGAGACAGCUGCAGAUAGAAGCUCAUGUCUCAAAGCCUGAGGAUGACACAAACUGCUCAGUGUCCUCAAUAGAAGAAGAUUUCCUCACAGCAUCUGAGCAUCUCGAGGAGGAAAACGAGACUGAUGAAUAUAAAACUGUAGCCCAUGACAAGAUAAGUGUUUCAGAAGCGUCUCCUGAUGUCAGGAAAAAUAAAGGAAAGGGAUUUGAAAGUCUCCACUACAGAAAAGCCAGGUUGCCAUUAAUUCUUGAAGGGAAUUGCGUUAAUGAAGAUAAUACCGAUAGUAAAGUCUCUGAAGCUGUGCAUGUUGUGGCUGAAGAUAGGAUCUCACGACCUGAAGAUAAGCCAGAGCAAGAAAUCCUGGGUCAAAAGGAAUUAGUGGGAAGAGCUUCAUCACCCCUCAGCAGUGAGGAUUUGACUAACAAUGUUGAAAAUUCCUGCUCAGUGAAUGUAUUAGAUGUAUCUUUAACCAAAAUGGCUAAAGAGGAGCUGGGGCCUCUUUAUGACUCUACAGCAAAACCCAGCAGUAAGGCAGAAGCAGAGGAUUGUGAAGGUAUUAGGAAAAGCGACCCUCCCUUGCAAAACGAGCAAGCAGCUACAGGUCAGUACGCUACAAAUCUAGCAGAAUCUGUUCUGCAAGAUGCAUUCAUUAGACUGUCACAGUCUCAACCCACUUUCAGUGAGGAGGCUGCAGUCAGCAUCUCCGUAGGAAGCUCCUGUAAGUCAAAAGAUGCAUCUGCUUCUCGAUCAUGGAAUGAACUUCCAAAGAUUGUCAUAGUGCAAAGUCCUGACAGCAGUGAGAAUGUGCCAGACUGGCCAGGGUCUGCCUUCCCAAACCUGUGCCACUGGACUGAAACAGAGAGUUCUGAAGUUUCAGAUUACUUUGAAGAAGAUCAUUCAAACGGACACAGCCAGAGCGCACUGGAGAUGGCUCUGGCUUGUGCAGCAACUGUCAUUGGAACCAUUUCAAGUCCCCAGGCAGCAGAAAAAUUCAGAAGGGAUCAAGAAGCCACAGACUCCAAAAGUGAAAAAGUUGAUAAUGAAGAUCUACACACAAAUUCUUCACAGCUACUUGAAGACGGUACUAGCACAGAAUACUCAUUUCCAUCUGCGCUGUGUGGCAUGACUCAAGUAGCAAGUGCUGUAGCAGUCUGUGGUCUGGGGGAAACAAAGGAAGAGAAGUACCCUGCAACUUCGAGUGGGCUGCUGUCUGCAGCUCAGACUUCUGCAGCCAUUACUCUUCAUUGUAGCAUAGCUGUAGGAAGCAGCAUGGAAAAACUGAAUGAUAGCAUUGCAGAGGCCCUUCUCAAAGAGGCAUCAAUAAUUUUGACAAAACCUAAUACAUACAAAAAUGUAGGGCAUUUUAUGGAAUCUAUAAAUGGAAGGAUUAUUGAAACAGCAGCAAGGCCACGGAUUCCACAUUCCAAUGAAGUAAUAAGAGAUGAACUUGCACAGAAUUUAUCCAAUAUUAUUCUACGACAUUCUAUUGAAGAAGUCAGGAAGAAAAGAGAGCUACAGUCCCAUUCAGAAAACGGCUCAAGUACACAAGACAUUUUUAUGGAGGCUGCCAAUGAGUUGCUUUUUAAUGUGAUAUAUUUCACUUGCAAGAAGAUGAAUGACAUAAGACAAGUUGAAGAGUGUUCUCCUCUCUUUUCUGAAGGCCUGAAAGGCAAGAAGGUAACAAGAGUAGAAGGAUGGCCAACACAGGCAACAACAUGUGAAACAUCACACAGAACCCUUGAUCAUCCUGCUAUUAACCCAUUUGGUACAUCCUACAGUGCUAGCAAAGACACUGAAAAUGGUAUCAGCACAAAGAAAAUUAACAUGAGAGAUGUAAAUAGCAAUGAAAGUGCCACAGUGAAUUCAGAGCUAACAAGUAGAGCCAUUGGGCAUAAUGCAUUUGUUGCAAAAACAUCUCCCAAGAAAAGAUACUUGAAAAGAACCACACGAGACUGUUACAAAUCACCAAAUCAGAGUAACAUCCAGAAGAAGAGAGACUACAGGUCAUUUUCAGACAGAGAAAGUACUUUUGCAAACAAUGAGUGCAGGCAUGGUGUUCAAGAUCAACUGCCUUCCAGUGUUGUCAUGAACACGGAAAACCAGGCCAAAUGUAAGUGCGAUGCUGAACUAAGUGAUGAAGUCCAAGUUAGCUUGUCUUUGUUAGGAAACCACGUCUUACUUCCUUCUCAGCCUGUGCUACAGGUGAAAAAUUCAAGAGACAAAUACUGUAUAACAGAUUUUGCAGAAGAACUGGCAGAAACAGUGGUCUCUAUGGCAACAGAAAUAGCUGCCAUUUGUCUUGAAAAUUCAAAUGGGAAGCAGCCCUGGUUCUGUGCGUGGAAGAAAGGCAAUGAAUAUCUGGUUACCCAGAGUAUAUCAUGCAGAACUAUGAAAAGGAAAAAGGAAACCCAUGCUAAUGGCUCGGUUGUUCGGAAGCACAGGGCACCUCGACUUAGUGAGAUAAAAAGAAAGACAGAUGAGCAUCCUGAGCUAAAGGAAAGGUUGAUGAAUCGAGUAGUAGAUGAAUCUAUAAACCUUGAGGACACACCAGAUUCUGUCAAUAUCUUUGCAAAUGAAGUGGCUGCAAAGAUUAUGAACCUCACUGAACUCUCUAUGGUUGACAGCAUCUGGCAGGGCCCAAACCAUCCCAGGAACAGGCUACACUGCGAAAGAUGGAGCCGAGCCAAGGCCUCAAGCUGUGAGAGCAUACCAGAGGAGGACAUAGAUUCCAAAGCCUCUGUCAAUACUCUAGGCCUAAUGAAUGCCUUAGGUCAGCCUGUGAGCCAGACAAGUUCUGUCUCAAAGCAGUCUAGUUGUGAAAGCAUUACAGAUGAGUUUUCAAGAUUUAUGGUGAACCAAAUGGAAAAUGAAGGAAGAGGCUUUGAUUUAUUACUGGAUUAUUAUGCGGGGAAAAAUGCAAGCAGCAUCUUGACUUCUGCUUUGCAACAGGUUGCUAAGAAAAAUGGUCACCUUAAUGUACGACCAAGUUGCCCAUCCAAGCAGUCCAGCACAGAAAGCAUAACAGAAGAAUUUUACAGGUAUAUGCUGAAAGAAAUAGAAAAAGAAAAUAAAGAUAAUGCAUCUUCCCCUCGGAGUUCAAAGGACUGGUGUGGCAAUUUGCUACCACCCUCCCUGCGAUCACCUUUUUGCUUUAGACAGUCCUCAGUGCCUGAUGGCAGAUCAUCAGGUUCUAGACUAACAGUUAACAUCCCAGUCAAGGCAAAUUCAUUAGAUGGAUUUGCCCAGCAUCACCAGGAUUCCUUAAGUGUACAGCCAGUCAGUACUGUGGCUUCUUCAGGUCUUUGCAAGUCUGAUUCAUGUCUGUACCAAAGAUGCAAGACUGACCAGAUAACAGAUAUGCUGAUUCACGAGACAUGGGCAAGCUCUAUUGAAUCUCUUAUGCGCAAAAACAAAAUCAUAACCGAUGAGGCAGAAGUUGCAGAGAUAGAUCAUUUUCACAGCGAUUCCCCAACACACGUGCAGCAGUACGCAAACAGACUGGCUGCAGAUAUUGUUGAAAAUGGUAAAAAUGUAAUUGUUGUCCAGCAGGAUGCUUCUGAUUCUGCAAGCCAAGAACAUGUGCCGGAAACCAAACAUCCCCAGGGUGCAGCUCAGAUUCAAGUAGAACCCAGAAGGAGUGGAAUAAAUUUGGUUGAGCAAAAGGAGCAUAUGAAGAACUCUGAGUGCCUCCCUGCAGGUCAGCACAGGGAAGUGCCUUUAAUUCAGAUAGAAACUGAUCAACGAGACGAAUCAGAUAAAGACUCUGAGUCCUUAACUUUACACGAGCUUUCUGAAAAGGAGCAUCAAGGCAAGGAAAAGCCACCAGAAGCUUAUGCUGGGAAGCACACGGUUUCCAGUACCCUACUGAAUAGCAAAAGCACUCAAAGCAAACCAGAUGCUGAAAUCACAGGAGAAACAAAAGCAGCUGAAGAAUUUCCAACACACCUCAGCAGCAGUGAAGAAAGCACUGGCAGCUGGUCCCAGCUUGCCAAUGAUGAAGACAAUCCUGAUGAUACAAGUAGCUACUUACAACUCAGCGAACGAUCCCUGAGCAAUGGCAACAGCAGUACAACUAGCAGUCUUGGCAUUAUGGACCUGGAAAUUUAUCAGGAGAACGUGCCACCUUCUCCUAUGAUUAAUGACUUAGUAGAAGAAAAGGUUUUCCUUAAAGAACAGACAGAUAAUACAGAGGGUAAGUUGAAUCAUUUGAAUUACAACUUACAAAUUGAACUUAAAAUAACGUGCAUAAUAACUGUUGAGAUUGUUUUUCCAGAAAGUACUUCUGGGCUCUCAGUGGGAACAGCCAAUUAUCAGAAAGAACUCCUGGUGAUUAAUUUUGAUCUGGAACCAGAAUGCCCCAACGCAGAGCUGCGAGCCACCCUGCAGUGGAUAGCCGCUUCUGAACUUGGAAUCCCAACCAUCUAUUUUAAAAAAUCUCAGGAAAACAGAAUUGAAAAGUUUUUAGAUGUUGUGCAGCUAGUUCAACGGAAGGCCUGGAAAGUGGGUGACAUCUUUCAUGCUGUGGUGCAGUACUGCAAGCUCAGUGAGGAGAGCAAAGAGAAGACACCAAGCCUGUUCGACUGGCUUCUUGAAUUGGGCUAGGAACAUUCGCCUGCUCCACUUCUUUGUUUUAAUUCAGCUUAAGUAAGCAGUGGUUCAUGAAACACUCUGAUUUCCAAACAUCAACAAAUAAAAUGAGCAAAGACAUGUACAGAAACAGCACCUGUCUGUUCCACAACUGCACGGAGCAGAGUUGAAACCAAGGUGUAUUUUUUCCUUCUGUAUCCUGAGGGACGCUUGACAUAUUGUGCUGUAGGAUGUACUGUGCUAGAAAAAAAGGUGGAUUUUUUAGCUUUCUGAAUUAAUGGACUUAAUUUACUUAAUGAAUUAAGUAAAACUGAAUUGAAUUUCUACUAUGUUCCAUUUCCAUCAAUUUGAUUAAAUCAAUCAGCUGAAACAGGAUGGUAUACUAAGGUUCAGUUUUAAAACAAUACAAAUGUUUGUACAGUUUUAGCUUUUAGAACCUGAGUGUGUUCCAGUAUGCACAGAGAAAACCAUACCCUUCAAUAAAUAAAACAUUUUAAAAGAAGUCUCAGUCCUCUGAGAGGUAAAAACUUGUGAACAUAUCAGAUCUUUGAAGUCAAAAAAACAGAACAAAAAGCUGAUGAAAACACAUCUAACUUUCUUUCCACGUGAUCAUUUCAGCCCUAUAGCUGGUCCCCAUUUCUGUUAUCUUCUUCUCAAGGAAAUACAAAUCUGGACUCUCAGUUAUUGCCCUUAAAAAGCCUCCUUUCUUUACACUCGCAGGCAGUGCAGUUCAGUACAGCUGUGCUUGGUAUGUCCCCAAGUACAGCUCUGCGAGUCAGAGUAAUGGGUUCCUAAAGCCCUGUCCCCACCAGGUGACCUCGGGCAAGUCAGUUCACCUCUGUGCCUCAGUGUCCCCACCUAGUAAGAGGGAGCAGUGAUACAGAAUGUGAUAUGUGAAGUGUUCCUGUUUAAAGCACUAGGUAAUGUGCUGUGUGCCGGUUGGAACGGUGAAAAGAAAUACUGAGUUUAAUCAAGUAAAUUGUUAAUAAGGCAAAGAAGGAUAUAGCAGAAAAGAGUGCUGUCUUGAAAUAAGAAUCUUAAUUUUUGUAAUUUUCAAGAAGUCAAAACAAUUGCUACAAUCUGAGCACAUGCUUGUUUGUUUUGGAUACUUGUUGGACUAUGUAUGAUAGUCCCCAUUAUGGUAAUAUUUAUAUAACUGUUUGAUAAGAUAUACUAUGGUAUCUUCUCACUGAGAUGAUGUUAGGUAUCAUGCACUCAGUGAUACUCUCUUGAUUCUGCCAAAGAGAUUGGUCUUGAAUUUAAAGGUAAACAUAACUUAUCACAUCAAAGCUCUUCUGUGAUUUGUUUCUUUGAAAACCUUUAUAUUUUGCUUCUCCCUACUUAAAUAGCAUAAUAGAAAGCCUGCCUGCCUUUCCAAAUCAAAUAUUUAAGAGAUAUUUUAUUUUCCAUACAAUAGUAUAUGCUUCUAUAAUAUUUUUGGGAGGUGGGGUGAAAAGAAGAAAACUAUCCUUUUGCACUAAAUAUUUUUGAAGAUUUUGAAGUAGUUUUAAGUAAUUUAUGAAAAAAGAGCCAUAUUAUUCUCAAUUUUAUCUUUAAAACCAUUGCUAAAUUUGCAUGAUUUCAUCGCUCAUUUGUUAAGAAAUGCAGACUGUCAGUGAAACCUAUUACAGAACAUUAAAGAACAUCUACAUGUCUGCAAUAUGUGAAAUCACUGGAGGUCUCUUUACUGUCAAUAUAAAGGUCAGUUUGUUGCAUCCACUCAACCUAACUGCGGUACUGGGCCCGUUCCUGGGAACUGCUGAACAUCCACAGCUGGCACUAACACAAGUGGUAACACUGAAUGCUCAGCAUUUCCAAGGCUGAAAGUUAGUAAAAAGCACCAGGCAUUGUAAAGUGCUUUGAUUGAGCCAAUAAAUGGGAAAGUGUAUUUAUUUUUAAGCCAGGUUAGUUGUCAGUAUAUAAAUUUUUGCUGUGGUAGAAUAAAUGUUUACUUAUCCUACAAAGCACAAAUAUCAUGACUGAGUUGUAAGUGCGAUGCGGUUUUCUCUGUACAGUAGUUCUCAAUGUUGCAAUUUGUUGGGAAAUAAAUUUAUGUUCUAACA